AACGCGACAACCGUCACAUGUAUAAAAAUAAUUUACUGACUUAACUUUGAACGAUCAUUUUACUGUACAUAAUUGAUAUCAAUUAAUUAUCAAUAUUAAUUGAUAUUAAUUAUUAUUACCUGAUUCGUAAAAUGCAAGAAACACGGCAGAAGAUGAAGUUUUGUUCAAAAAAUGGAAUUUAUAAACCGCGCGAUAUCUCUGGAGCGGGCUGUGGAAUUCGAACAAAUUCAAAAAUACGAUUACGUGGCGGCCGAGAUCAUAUUUGGAUGUCUCCGUCUUUGCAUCCCAGUAUUACAAAUGUAGCAUCAAUCCAUAGGAAAUCAUAUGAAAAGUUUCAUAAUCCAUUAAAAGAAUUUAUUGAAGAUGUGGGAGACACAAAAAAAAUACAGAAUAAACAUAGUCUAUAUCAGCCAGCAAAAGUUGGUAUCAGGAAGAUUAAACAGGUACAUGUACCAACAAAGUUUAAAAAAGUAGUAAUACCAAAAAAUAAUACCAAAUUAAGUUGUCCUAUAUUAAAAAAUAUGUAUAUAGAUAGUACUGUUGAUUCAUCCAGUACAUUAAUUAUGAAAAGAAGAGCUAACAUUAAAAAAAUACUUGGUAAUUCACAAAAGAAGAAACUUCAAUCAAAGUCCAUACAUGAAGUAUCGAACAAAAGAAAUACAUUAAAUGUAACAACCCUUAAAAAUAUAAGUAAAUUUAGCAUUCUGCUCCUCUACUUCCAUUUUUUAUGUUGUUAUUAUCUCUCUUUUACGAAAACACAACAAUUUGUUGAACUUUUUGAAACAUGUACCGUAGAGGCUGUAUAAAUUGUAAUAAACAGAUUU